GCGUGUUGCACCGGGUUUCUUGACGCUGGUUUGGAGACUAGUCCAGCUCGCCUGCAUUCCUCCUCUCUCGGAAGCCUGGCCGAUAGACACAGAGAAAGAAAGGGGGGAGAAAACGCCAAUUAUUAUUCCCAACCGUGUUGGAUUUUUAUGAGCCACGGAGCCGACUCACACCGGACACACCGACCAGAUAAGACCACGAAAAAAUAACCACGUCGAGGCUGCUCCUUUGGACCUACAAUAACGACAAAAAAAGGCGUGUUUUUCCUUUUAUAAAGACGGGACUUUGCGUUAAUGUGCCUGUGUAGGUCAGAUAUCGAAAAGCAGCUUUGGUGAAGCAGCCUUUCCACGGCGGAUAUCUCCUUUUCUUUUCUUUUUUAAAUGAGGAUUUGCAAGAUGGCUGGUGACAGCUAUCCCUAACAAGGGCAGAAAAGCGACGUCCCCUUUAAGAUUAGCAGGGUAUAUUUCUGUAUUUCUAUUAGUUAAACAUAUAAAUAUGGCUCAUUUUUAAAGAUAAUGACUAUAGAUUAUUUUAGCAACGACCGUCCUUGUCGGAAAAUAGUGCCAAUCUUGUGUUUUCAUCUGUACCUGUGCUAUGGUAGAAAACGAUGAGGUGACGUCUGAGGUAAUUUACACGAUUUAAUCGAGAUAAGGAAGUAGAAAAAUAUGUUGUUGGCUAAAGGCUGAGGCGACGAUAGGUGAAUAAGGUGGAGACCAAAGUAAAAAGAGGCCAGAGCUGGAUAUAAAUAAUAAUAAUAAUAAUAAUAAUAAUAAUAAUCUUUGGGUCAGGAGAUAUUUGAUAGAGUGGGGAAACCAAAAGGCUCUGCAACAGCAGCCAACAUUCCUGCGGAUCCUAAAACCCUUUGUUUUGUGCGCAGGAGCUGGACUCGACUAUUAAAACGAUUAACUAUGCAGUAAACAGGCUCGAAAUGAUGGCCCGGGUAUGAUUUGCUGUUUAAUGAGAUUAUAAGGCCUUUGUUGUCGACAGAAAACUGGUAGAAAAGCCGGGGCCUUGUGCACAGAUAUGCGAGCUGUGCCACAUAGCAGGCGUUAUUCAUCAAAUAGAAAUGUCGCUUUUAUGUCAAAUUGAAAGCCUGGAGGUACCUGUGUUGUUAAUUUGACGUGUAAAACAGCUUUUAUUGUCUACUGCCAAACCGUCGCUGGUUGUAUGUAUAAUUAAAUUGCAGAUGGAGGCUCCUCGGAUACUUAUUUAUGAUUCAGCGGACAAAAGCAUUGCGCUGCGUUGUGAUUAUUGAGGGAAUCAAGCGCCCUUGAGGUCCAGAUAAAACAAGAUUCAGGUUUUAAAAGCUCUGUGUGUGUGAAUAGUAAUCAGGGUGUGGGCUGGAGCAGUCCUUUCUCAUGGUUUUCAUGCUUCGGUUGCUGGUCUGAAUUGGUCCACAGUCAAUCAUAAUCCGACGUUCACGAGAAGGAAGCUCUCAAGGUAAGGGCCCGAGCAGGCAGCAGAGAGGGAUCAAGUGUCUUUUCAUGUGAUAUACAGAGAUUGAUUCACUUCGUGAUCAUAUAAGUAAUUGUGUAGAUAUUUGGUUCUCUGUGCCUUGUUUGCAUUUCAUGGUUUACCUGUAUUUGGCAGGCUUUUAGCUUCCUGUAGGCCUAUAAACACACACAGAAGCUGUAAAAGCAGGCCCUGUGUGUGUGUGAGUGUGAGUGUGAGAGUGAUUUAGAGGAAAGGAACCGUUUACUGUAAUCUGUAUAACGUCAGCCCCUGCUGUGUGUGUGUUGAAAUCACCAAGGUGUUGUCAUCCUUGCCUGAAGCCCUCUCUGGUCAAUUUUCUGGAAUUUGCCUUCAUGCUGCAGCAAUAAGCAAUAUUCUGUCAGGGAGACGAGUCUAAUUUGGUCACAGGGGUUGAAACAUACAGACUGAUCUUUCAGGACGGCAUCGGGUCUGCUUUUAUCUUUUUUCUCAAGACUCAUUUUGAGAGUGUCAGGUUUUCUGCGAGAACAGAGAGGCCCGGAGGUCUGGUAGAAGUGGAAAACAGUUAGUGUAUGCCUGCCCGCACCAUGAUGGCCUCUGACAUGGCUGAGACGUGGAGGAACUGUUUUGAGGAGGAGCUCAUCUGCCCCAUCUGCCUGCACGUGUUCUCAGAUCCCAUCCAGCUGCCCUGCAAGCACAACUUCUGCCGGGGCUGCAUCAGCGAGGCCUGGGCCAAAGACUCUACACUGGCCCGCUGCCCUGAGUGCAAUCAUGCUUACAGCCAGAAGCCCAGCCUGGAGAAGAACCACAAACUGUCCAACAUAGUUGAGAAGUACAACGCCCUGAGCGUGGAGAAGGCAACCACGCCGGCGCUGCAGUGCAUCCUGUGCCGCCGGGGCCCGCCACUCCCCGCAGUGAAAGUCUGCCUGCGCUGCAACGCCCCGUGCUGCCAGUCCCACGUCCAGACACACCUGCAGCAGCCGUGCUCAGCCCUCGGGCACCUGUUGGUGGAGGCAGAGGCGGUGAAGGCCUGGACCUGCCUGCAGCAUGACGAGUACAGGCUGUAUCACUGCGAGGCCGAGCAGACAGCGGUGUGUCAGUACUGCUGCUUCGCCCGCUGCCACCCCAGCCACGGCCAUGCGGUCACUGACGUGGAGCUGCGACGCAACGACAUCAGACAAACCCUGUUAAGACAGCAGGAGCGUGUGGAGGAACGAGUGCAGGAGAUCGAAGAACAGCUCUGCAAACUCGACUCUGACAAGUGUGUGGUGGAGGACAGGGUGUGUGAGCUGAAAGAGGAGGUGCGUCUGCAGUACCAGCGGAUGCACCAGCUCCUGGAGGAGGAUCUCGGUCGGACACUGGAGGCUCUGGACCGCGCUCAGGCUCGGUUCUGCCAGGAGAACGCUGCCCAGGUUUUGGCUCUGGGAGAGCAGCGCCAUGAGGCCCAGAAGCUACUGAGCUCCAUCCACACAGCCUUCAGUAAGGCAGAGGAGCUGAGUUUCAUGAAAAACACCAAGCCUGUUAAAAUCCUCACAGACAGGUCUCAGGCAUGUGUGGGCAGCAGUCUCCCUCCUUACAAAGUGGGGAAUCUAAACUCUAAACUAUUCCUCUCUGAAAUCUCAAAGAGAGAGAAGAGCUUGAAGAGAACACUGGAAGCUCCCCUCACCCCUCCCUCGACCUUCCUGCAGUCUGUUCCUGCGUAUCCCAGCGGUCAGAGCUCUGGCUCUGGAGCAGAGAAACGGAAACAUUCCACUGCUUUCCCAGAGGGAAAUGGGAACGUUGGAAAAAACGCUGCUCCAGGUUUCAAGGACUCCUCCUCCUCUUCCUCCUCAUCUUCUUCCUCAUCAUUAGCCAAACAGCCCUACCUGGGCUCCGGCUCUGCCUCUGGAGAAGGGCAGUCGACUAAUCAGCAGCCUCUCGGCCCCUGCGGCCCGCCUCACAUCAGCGAGAGCGGCGGGACAGGAAGUGGGAGCGCCUCUCUGACCAACCACCAUUCAGGCUCUGUGUUCGGCUCCUCGCACUUUCCUCCUGGAGGCAGCAGCUCCUCACACUCCUCCCAGCAGGCCGUGCUGCCUCAAUAUGGCGGCCGUAAGAUCCUGGUGUGUACGAUGGAUAACUGCUACUGCUCCGGAGUGCCCUCAGUGUCAGGCCACCGCAGCCAUCCCCCAUACCCGCGCUCUGGCUCUUUCCCCUGGGUCAGUGCCCAAGACUACCCCCCUCCUCCCGGCCUGGCCUCUGGAGGCCCGUCCAUGCAGGGCUUGGCAGUGAGGGACUGGAUAGACGCCUCUCAGACACACAGACAUGCAGAUUUUUACGGGCUGUAUGGGCAGCCCUCUACAAAGCACUAUGUCACCAGUUAACAGAGUAGACACACACACACACACACACUUGGAUAAUGAGGCAGGCACCAAAAUAGCACACCUUUACCGACUUAUUAACCGGAAAAAACACAAUGCAGUUAUUCUAUACACGCAUUAAAAUAUUAGACUUUAUAUCCACACACACACACACACACACAGAUGUAGAACAUGUAUACACAUUCGGGGGCAGGGUUGAUCUCUUUGUGUUUUUAUUUUCUUAUUUUCUUUACUUUCAGUCAGUGUUUCAUGUAGUGUAUUAUACGUAAAAUGCAUAAACAGCCAACCGCUCACUCUGGCACAACUUAGCUCAGCAUUUUACACAUAAACAAGAAACAAGAGGAGGAGAGUAAGACAUGCAUUUUUUUUUAUUUUAUUUAUAGAGCAGGAGAUGGAGUGAUAGAAAAUGAACUUUUAUUAGAAAAUCUUCUCAUGCCUCUUCAUGGCUUCUUGCUGACGCUAAAGGGAAAAGAGAUAAUGUUGACCUUUCCAGUUUAGCGCCUCAUGUUUCUCUGAAAUAAUCACCCCUCCAGUUGUACUGAGGUCAAUUGCCUUAUGUUAUUAGCAUCAUAUUUUUCUCUGCCCAGCUCACAUUUGAUAGAUCCUUUAAAGAGGGACUGCGGCCCCUUUGUGUCUCUUGAUUUUGAUCGUCAUGGCACCUCUUCCUUUCUUUGCUGAGUUCAGGGAUGGAUCGUACAGCUUGAACACAAAACGCUCUUCCAUGGAACACCCACAAUGCACUUGUGGGAUGCCUUGUUAUGCCUGGACUACAGAUGCUGACCCACAGAGGGACACUAGAGCUGCAUCUAAAGAGGGCCAGUUAACCGUGGCCCUCAAGAGUUUUUGGGAAUUUGGCUCUUAUUCCUAGCACUCCCUUCUGCUACCAGGCUUCCCACAGGACAGAAAAUCUUCUGACAAAGACUGUUUCCAUUUAGUAAUUACUAUGACUUUGUGUUAUUUGGUACAUCUGUAGGUUUCAUGCUUGUCUAGAGAGACUCUGAUUUCAGAGAAAAAGGCAAGAAUGGACAAACCAAACCAAUCAAGCAUCUGGAGGAUCUGAUGAUGCUGUAAUUGUACUUCCUGCAGGGCAAAGAUGUCACUUCCUCUCAAUAAGCACACAAGCUCUUGGCUUCCUGUUUGCAGUUGAAAGCAUGCGAGGAAGAGUUUUUUAAAGCACUCAAAAGAAGAACAAUGGGGGGGGGGAAAUGUAUGCAGUUUUAAAACGAGUGUAUGAAAGAAAAGAAGGGUGGAAGGAAUUUUUUUCAUGAACUUUUUCUAAAAGAACAAGACUGGACUGCGAGAUGUAAGCAAUUGUCAUCAUCCUAAAAAGGAGCUGUUAAAACAGUCAACAUAAAGAGGAAAAAAAACGACAUAAAAGUAUCUUUUUUUGUAAAUAUUUUGUGAAAUGGAAAAAUUACAGACGUGAUUUGGAGGAGGGUUCCAAAUAAACGAACAAAUUUAAACCGGC